UACUUUUGAAGAUCCACCGACCCUUGAUUUGCACCGUUGACCCACCACACAACUCGACUUUCUCCUUCGAAUUUGCAGCAAAAACAUCGCUUUUGAAGCUAACGACUUUCACAUACAUACGAAACUCAUCAAGGAACACCCCCCCUCUCCUUUCUCCCAAGAAGAGCAGGUAUUUCAGAUUUUGGUUCUAACCCAAAUAUUUGCAUACCUGUUCUUCUUUUCUGGUACGUUUUUUGAACUUGGAAUCAUGGGAACUCUUUAAAUUGAUUGGUUCUUGGGAUUGCUUAGGCUUAUGUUAUCUAUUGCCUUGAAAGUGGUGGACGUGGGUGAUUUAAGAGGAGACUUUUUGAUGAAUCUAGAUUGAGGGUAUGGAAGCAGGUUUAUAACUAUAAGGGUAGCUUUUGGAUUUGGCAAUUUCUGCGGUCUAUCUUUCUUUGUUUCUUUGAAUGUAUCUUAUUGUUAUUGAAGAAAAGGAUCGGCUUGUGAACCUGCCCGGCUUUCAUCUGGAUGUUCUCAAGCCUUUGAAUUUACUACCCUUUGAACAGAAAUCGUUUUCUUUUUGUAUCCCAAGAGAUAGAUGGGAUAAAGAGUUCUUCAAGCUUCAGGGUGGGUAAUUAUAAUUUGACCAAAUUUAUUAAAUUGAGGAAGAUCUUGGUGAUAUAAUUGGUCUGAGUUGGAUAUUUCGAGAUGAAUUCUCCUCAAGGCUCCACAUUGACAACAAAUAUGGCUGGGCUUGUUGAUGGUUCAACAGCACGUGAAGAGGUUUCCCAUAUUGAUUGUUUGCCUGUUUAUGUCAAAGAGCUAAUUGCUGGUGGUGGUGCUGGAGCUUUUGCUAAAACUACCGUUGCUCCUUUAGAACGGAUUAAAAUACUCAUGCAGACAAGGACCGAUGGUUUUCGGUCUCUUGGGGUGUAUCAAUCCUUAAGGAAGGUACUAAAGCAUGAAGGUGUUCUUGGAUUUUACAAAGGAAAUGGAGCUAGUGUUGUUCGGAUCAUUCCAUAUGCAGCCUUACAUUUCAUGACUUAUGAGCGUUAUCGAGGUUGGAUCUUAGAUAACUAUUCGUUCAUGGGAUCAGGACCUAUUAUAGAUCUUUUAGCUGGUUCUGCAUCUGGAGGGACUGCAGUAAUAUGCACUUAUCCCUUGGACUUGGCUCGCACUAAACUUGCCUAUCAGGUUACAGACACCAGAACAAAUUUCAGGAGUGGUAUAAGAAGUUUAUACCCUCAACCUGCAUACAAUGGCAUAAGAGAUGUACUGACAAGUGUUUACAGGGAAGGGGGAAUACGUGGAUUAUAUCGGGGUGUAGGUCCAACACUCACUGGCAUCCUCCCAUAUGCUGGUUUAAAGUUCUACAUUUAUGAGGUACUAAAGCUACAUGUUCCUGAAGAGCACCAAAAGUCCAUUGCGAUGCAUCUUUCUUGUGGAGCAGUGGCUGGGUUGUUUGGGCAGACCUUCACAUACCCAUUAGAUGUUGUAAGGAGACAGAUGCAGGUUGAAAGUCUUCAGUGUUCAACAAUUCAAGGUGGUACAAGAUACAGAAACACAUUGGAUGGGCUUACUACGAUUGCACGUAAUCAAGGAUGGAGACAAUUGUUCGCAGGCUUGAGCAUUAAUUAUAUAAAGAUGGUUCCUUCUGUGGCAGUUGGAUUUGCAUCAUACGACAUGAUGAAGGUUUGGCUUCGCAUACCACCUCGACAGAAAUCACAGACAGUAUCUUCUUAAUAAACGGAGAUGGAUUUACAAUGGGGCCACCUGAAAUCCUGAAACGCUUAAAUAAGAAUUUCAACCAAACUUUAGUUCCUUGAUUUUAUGAUGUUUAUUUUCAGAUUGUUUAUAUCAUAUAACAAGAAUGAGAUAAAUGGAGUGUGUUGAUAAAAAAACUGUGCUUAUUGUAGUUUUUAUGAACCGCUGCUAUUAAGCCAGGCAUACAAAAUACCUUAUCUUGUUUCACCUUUUCUGAAAAUUAUUAGACAUGGGCUUUUUCAAUGAUUUA